AUGCUGCCCAACGGCUUCCGCAAAGUUGUGGUCCGCAACGUAAAGGAGUUGGAGGUCUUAAUGAUGAUGAAUAGGCGCUACUGUGCAGAGAUAGCGCACGCCGUGUCCUCCAAGAAGCGCAAAGACAUUGUCGAAAGAGCCAAACAGUUGGCCAUAAGACUCACGAAUCCGAACGCGAGAAUCAGAAGCGAAGAAAACGAAUAA